AUGGAGACACCAUCACAGGCACCACAAAACAAACUGUCCAAGACAGCGCCACUAGCUAGGAAGCUUCAAAAGAUACUGAAUACUUCUUAUGAUGAUGCGCCGACACAGGAAGCUCUAACAAGCCUAUCAGGAUUCUAUACAUCGAAUACAGUCACUUCUCGACGUACUUUACGUGGUGAUUUGGAGAAACGUGCUGCGUUAGUGAAUCGCCAGUUUUUGAAUGCGCUUGGAACUGUCAAUCAACAACUGUCAGCUAUUGAAAUGGAUAUCAAAAUGAUGAACGCUACGUGUUUGGAAAUGGAGAUGCAGUUAGAACAAGCUAAUCAGGCUACUGCGCCUUUGAUGAAACAUGCUCAGGAGCUGAAUGCUAAAAGGCAUGUCUUCCGCAAAACAAUCGUAGAAGCUCUCCUUUCACGCUUCACAUUAUCUGACGCUCAAGUCUCGGUCUUGACAUCAUCCAAAGACGCCGUUGGUCCAGAAUACUUUGAGGCUCUGAAACGAUUACAGCAGAUUAACGAUGAUUGUAAAGCGUUGCUGAUUACGGAUCAUCAGCAAGCUGGGCUUGAAAUCAUGGAAGGAAUGGCAACAAUACAAGAAUCUGCAUUUGAAAAGUUAUUUAAAUGGGCACAAUCCGAAUGUCGUUCCAUGAAUCGUGAUUCUCCUGAAGUGUCUCCUGCAUUGAGAUCUGCUAUGAAGGCUUUGAAGCAGAGACCCGUUUUAUUUCAAACAUGCAUCGAUGAAAUCUCACAUAUACGACGAAACGCCAUUGUGCGAGCAUUCUUGGAUGCCUUGACACGUGGCGGUCCAAGCGGAAUGCCACGACCUAUCGAGAUACAUGCUGUGGAUCCUCAACGAUAUGCUGGUGAUAUGCUUGCAUGGUUGCAUCAAACUGCCGCCACUGAGCGAGAGAUAUUAGAGGGGCUGUUGGAUGCUGGAGUUCAAGGUGAUGAGAACGGUGGAGAAGAUGAAUCAUUUGCCAAACCGACCCAAGGUGCCGAAGAAGAGACUAUAAGGCACAUUUUGGAUAAGAAUAUGGAAGGGACGUGUAGGCCUCUCAAGGUUCGAAUGGAACAGAUCUUCACAUCACAACCACCUGUGGUUGACAUGUACAAAAUUGUGAAUCUGGUGCAAUUCUAUCAUGUUGUUAUGAGCAAGACGCUAGGACCUGAUGGGCAAUUGACUUCCACCCUUGCAGAAAUCGGAGUCGUAGGAGUCGAAUCCUUAUUCAACACUCUGAAUGCUCGAGCUUCGAGUAUGAUGAGAUCUAUACCUAUACCGACUCAUGAACUACAACCUCCUUCGAUACUCAAAGAUGUUGUAUCUCAGAUGAAGGAGAUAAUAACCAUCUAUGAAACAUCAAUGCACACAUCAACAGAACAUGAAACGGAUAUCUUUAAUAUGGUUUCUGCCAUGUUAGAUCCAUUACUUUCAAUGUGUGCAUUGGCAUCACGAGGAUUGAGUGCUACUGAAUCAGCUAUUUAUAUGAUAAAUUGUUUGCAACAGAUUCAUAAUGCAUUGGUACCAUAUUCUCUUGCUACGAGUCUCGUACAGUCUUUACAAUUACAGAUUGACUCGAAUGUGGAUGCUCUUGUUUCUGAGCAGUACAUGACUCUCCUCAUCAAGUGUGGAUUAAACCCCAUUAUUGAGGAGAUUGACAAGAAUGAUGAUCAGGUUGUACUAUCACGAAAAGUAACAACAGACGCCCUCGCAAUAUCACAAGCAAUGACAACACUCGACACAUUCCUCUCAUCUGGAGCUGUUGACAUAUCGUCCGACCUGUCACGCAUUACAUCGUCACGUCUGGCACGUACUAUAAUGAAGCGAGGAUGUCGACAGCUUGUUGCUACAUAUGGUCGUAUAUGUAGGGCAGUUGAAGAUCCGAAAAACAAGUACGAGUUCCCGUCUACGUUGCUUGGGAGGAGUGUUGCAGAGGUUGAGAUUUUGAUGGGUGCUAAUGAUUAA